AUGAAGACCGAAGAUGCGGUUGUUCGUACCGAUCCGAGCCAGCGAGCCAAACAGCCGGCCAUGGUGACGGGCGAGAUACAGACGGUGGUGGUGCCAGCCAAUCCUUCUGUCAUCAAUUUCCGACUGAAUCAGAUUGGCAUCGAUCUACGGAAGGAGUACCCAGACGCGCCGAUGUUCGGCGGGAGUAACGUCGACCUGCUAGAGCUGCCGCUAUUCAUUCAGAAUCUCCGACAGAAACUUCUGUGGGACAAGGAAAUGUACCCGACGGAACAAGACCAAAUAGCCUACGCUUUGGGCCGACUUCACGUAGAGGAGAGGUCCUACUUUGCCGAGUACGUCAACGACGACGGGUCUAUCAGGCUGGAUUCUCUGGACGACUUCGUCAAAAUUCUCUCCGAGAAGCACAACGAGUCUGAAAGAGCUAUCGAAUCCCUCAGGUCAACAAUAGCACUGCUUGAAUCAAAACUCAAAGAGAAAGAGCCGGAGUCGAAACGUCAAGAGAUUCGUUCAGGCCUUCACGUCGACUCUUGGCCGGUCUUCAAGCAGUUUGUCGAGGGCAACCCGCCUGCCGCCAUCCAAGCGCUUGCUGGCAAACCCAAACUCUACUGGCAGAAAUCGGCGGAUGAAACUAAACCCUUCAGCGUUGACUCUGAAGCCCGCGUUCCCCUCGAAGUCUGGGAGGAGAAGUGGAGGAGCGGGCGCGAGAUACCUGAGCGAGUCCGCAUCAACUCAAUCGACCUUAUUCGAGCUUUGAGAGAUGUUUCAGAGGGAGAAUGGGCCGUAUUUGAUGCUCCAGACAAUCAGCUCGAGAACCCCUCGGUGGUUUUCCUUAGACCAUACAGAUUUUUCUGGCACUACCGGGAGAAUAUUAUCAAGAAGAAAGAUGAGCUGGAAGAAAAGAUCCGCUGGUUGGAAACAACAACGGAGAUUUUUGGCAGCAAUUCUGUAGAGCCGGAAGAAUCAUCGCAGGAGAAAGAGACGCAGGAGGAGCUUCAGCAAACGCGAAAGCUGCUGGAAGACCUGAAAUCCUUGAUACGUUUCAUCGAAACUGCAGUCACGCCUGUAGCUCGCAAAUAUUGGGACAGAGAGAACCCGCCUCAGACGAUAGCGUUUUGGGAUCUCUGGUAUUUGUUCCGCCCCGGAGAAGUUGUCAUUUCCCGAGGAUCGAACGAAGAGGACGCCCAUGCCUUGAGCCGAGAGGAUGACCGAACGAGUGGGCCAACUGCAUGGAAGAUACUCGAUGUAACCAACGGACGGCCUCGUUUAAGCCCUGGGAUUUCAGAAGAAGAUGAGUACAUGCAAACGGGGAAGAUUUUCAACGCAUUCGAAAUCCAAUGCUACAGGGUCGGUUUCAGUGGGACUAAUAUGGGACCAACGGUCAACUCCUUUUCCAUUUCUCAUUUCGAAGGCGAAAGGGAGAUCAACUCGCUCCGUCUAGUCCCGCUUCGGUGCGCAAAGGAUCGGGAGAAACUGCAGCAACAACUUGAAAGCAUUGCUUAUAAGUUCAUCAGCGUCACAAAGCCGCCAUUCUGCCACCAGAUGUACACCGGUAAGAAGUACACACGUUGUGCGAACGGAGCCGAGUCCGACCCUGCGGUAGAGGGGCUUGGUUCCACGCCCAAGCACAUUCAGGGAUCGGUCAUUGUAGAUUUCGCCUCUGCCUUCAAGGAAGAUGCCAGAUGGACUCCUUUCCUAGGGUUCCUCGAUCCGUUGGCUGCGGAUCCAGUAGAAUUUACCGAGACAUGGCCGUUCAAUGUGUGGAGAGCCAAGGAAGAAAACGAGUCUUCAAAGAGCGAGGGCGAGAAGAAAGUAGAACGGCAGCCUUACCGCCGCACAAUAUACGACGAGCACAUCUACAACGAUUCACACGUCAAUCGGACAAUCAGACUGAAGCUCGUGAGCGACGAUCCCUUUCUGAGCGAGUUUCAGAGGAGCAGCGAGGACGAGUGCAUCACAGUCGAGGAUUUCGAGAAGAAAUUCUUCACGGAUAACAAACUGAUUCUGCCAGAAACCGUCUGCGCGUUUAUCCUCGACCGUAUGUGUUUUGCACUUCUAGCCGUGAAGGGCCUGCAAGAUCCCAUCCAAAAUUCUCAAGGCUGGAAUGAUCUGCUCCUAGAGUCCACCCAUCAAACCGUAAUCAAGGCACUAGUAAAGAGACACAGGAUGAAACAUCAGCAAGGAGCUUCACAAAAGAGCAAGCCGACUCACGAUCUAGUUGCUGGCAAGGGCGAAGGACUCAUCAUUCUCCUUCACGGGGCUCCCGGUCUUGGGAAAACAUCUACUGUGGAAUGUCUGAGAGACGAGCUUCAAGUGCCUCUGCUUUCGCUGUCUUGCGGAAACCUGGGGAACGAUGCACAAGAGAUUGAACGAAACUUGGAGAUGCUUUUCUACAGAGCGCAGCUUUGGAAUUGCCUAACCCUUUUAGACGAAGCAGAUGUCGUAUUGGUUGAAAGAGGCCGUGACCAGUUCAAGGAGAACGAGGUGUGCUCCGUUUUUCUUCGGAAACUCGAGUACUAUCAGGGCGUGCUUUUCUUGACUACCAACAGGGUCGGCCAUAUCGAUGAGGCUAUAAAGUCUCGCAUCCAUCUUGCCCUACACUACCCGAAUCUUAGUGAGGACGUCAUGGAAGAGCUGAUCCGCAACACUCUGCAGCGUCUGAAGUCCAGCCCCGAGUACAAAUCACGACUGGAUGUGAAUAUCCGAGACAUCGUACGCCAGUGCAUGAAAUUCAUUCGCGAGAAGAUGAAUCUAAACCUGGAUGGCGGUGGCGUCCGUGGGCUGUCGUCCCUUCUCAUCCUGGAGAAGCUGAUGCUGCAAAUCGACGAGAAGAAUCCUCCAAAACCUUGCGACUAUUUUGACAUGAUAGGAGGCACCAGCACCGGCGGACUUAUUGCGAUCAUGCUCGGCCGCUUGCACAUGGAUGUGUCGACCUGCAUUGAGGCCUACAAUAAUCUCAUGGAGACCGUUUUUGCAGAGGAAGGCACUCAUGGUUAUGAUUCUAAUCAGAAGAUGCAAGCGAGAUUCGAUACGGAAGCUUUGGAAAGGGGAAUCAAAGACCUCCUCCGGGGAAAGGAGGAUGAGCCGUUCCGCGAGGAAUUGCCGAGAUGCAAAGUUUUCGUCUGUGCAACGAGCGCCCAGAACAGGAAGUCGGUUUUGUUCACCAAUUACCCAAGAAGUAAGGGCACACCCAAGGACGCAAAAAUCUGGGAGGCGGCUCGUGCCACCUCUGCAGAGCCCACCUUUUUCGAACGCAUCCAGAUCGGCAGAUUCAAGCAGGCAUUUCUCAGUGGCUCGACUGGUGCAAACAAUCCGGUCAACCACCUUUGGUCAGAGGCCGAACAGCAAUGGGGACAACCGCUGGCCAAGAGCAUUAACUGCCUUGUGUCGAUCGGCACUGGUGAACCAACCUCGAAGGCAUUCGGAAGCUUCCUUCCGGAAGUUUGGAGCACCCUCGAGGCCAUCUCAAGGGAUGCCGAAUCUUCUGCAAGGCACUUUUUGGACAAUCACCUCGAACUUACCAAUGACCCUUUGCGAUACUUUCGGUUCAAUGUCACUGCGGGUCUGGGUGAUGUAGGCUUGGAGGAAUACAAAGACAUUCCGCUGAUCGCCAGCGCCACGGACGAAUACUUUGAAGACCGAGAAAUCCACAUGAAAGUGGAGCAGCUUCGUGCUCUCCUGGAGAAGACGGAAAGAAACAUCAUCAACAUCUUGGUUGAAAGGUCGGCUGUUGGUAGAGACAAGAUCUUCAUCACCAAGCAUUACUGCUGCUACCACACCUGUGAUGCUUGGAGUAGCGCCGUCCAAUACGAAAGUGGAUCCGAUACUACACCUGAAUACCACUCAACUGAGAAAGUCAUGCAGCAUCUUGCUGAGUCACAAGUCAUCAAGCCUCAAGUCGCGAGUCCAUCUGAUGAGUUUUCUCUGCUCAGCCUGGCCCCAACAUCGCCCUCGAGUGAAUCAGCCGAAUCCUAUCCUUCUACGGAUAAAGAAUGGAAGCAUGAUCAGACGAUUGACUAUAUCCAGAUGAAGGAAAUAGCUCAGACGAACGAUGAAGCACCUUUAGAUGACGAGUCUCACAAUCCCAGUCAUGAAUCUGCAUCUUCAAGUCUCUCUUCGGCGACUAUCAGGGCACAACUCCGAGAAUCUCUGGGCAAAUACACAAACGUUCUCUCCCAUGAUGCUACACCGCCGGCUCCGACUAGUGUAGUCAACCGAGGCCGAGAGGAGAGAGCGCAAGGCGUACUGCUGUCGUCAAAAUUCAACAUCAGCCGGUUCUUCAGCGGUGCAGAAUCCUCGGUGCGGCUGAUUGAAGAUGACAUGAGCCUCCGCAAAGGCGGUCUUUCGACAGACUUUGUCCGUUAUGCAAUCAUCGACGCAUUGAAGGACGAGCCUGCUACUCAUGUCAUCUCCUACUGCUGCUCCACGACGCUGGGCGCCACCCAGGACUCUUCCAUUUUGAAGGACAUGAUGCGCAGUCUUAUUUUGCAGCUGCUCGAAAUUUCGGACCUUGCGGGAUUCCAGUCUCCGGAUGGCUUUGCUGCUGACGACAUCGACUCUCUCUACAGUCUUUUUAACGAAGUCGUAUCUCGGUCAAGCAACGUUCGUUGUUUCUGCAUCAUUGACCGUUGGACUGCGUUGGAGGGGAACGCUGCGGAGGACGAUAUUGCACGAGCGCUUGAAAUGCUCUUGCAACAGACGGAAUCAUCGAAUCAUGGUUCGGGGAAAAGCUUCAAUCUGCUGUUCACGGACGUGCGGAAAUGUCAGAGCAUUCGGAGCAAAUUGUCUUCAGGACCGAACAUUUUUAGCGUCUAUGACGACACUGGGAGAGGAUUCAGACGGCUUGCUAGGCCAAGCUUCCAGACCAAGCUCAGGGGAUUACUAGUACAGGCUAGUUAG